UACAUGCGGUCACACUAUUUAUCACUGACAUGUUAGAUAUUUAAGAUUGGCAGCUUGGCGCAAAAUUCCUAUGUAACGAAUAAAAUGAACGAUUAUGAUAUAUCGACACUGUUAAUUUGCUUAGUGUAACAAGUCGUUCGAUUGCCUUUACAGCGAACUGUCUGUUAAAAACUAUACGAAAUGCGAACAGCCCGACCACUAGUAACCGUUGUGCGCGCUGGACGGCAAAGUUACGCAGCUGGUUUGCGACUUCAGCAAGAACUUGCCAAACAAAAUGUCUCACAGUAUUCGGAAUUUCGUAAUUUCUUGUUGCUAUUAGAGCACAAUCCCGUCUAUACCAUUGGCUUACGAACAAAAGGAUACACAAUUGAGGAUGAGGAACGACUGCGCAAAUUGGGCGCCGAUUUCUAUCGUACGGAUCGUGGAGGUCUUAUAACAUUUCAUGGUCCAGGCCAACUGGUUGCCUAUCCGAUUAUAAACCUGCGUCAAUUCACACCAAGUAUACGGUGGUAUGUAGGCACAUUGGAGCGCACAGUAAUUGAAACAUGUCGUCAAAUGGGCAUAUCAAAUGCGACAACGACAAAAGACACAGGAAUUUGGGUAGAUGAUCGCAAGAUUUGCGCUAUCGGGGUUCACGGUUCUCGUUACGUCACAACCCAUGGCAUAGGCCUCAAUUGCUGUACUGAUUUGAAAUGGUUCGAACACAUUGUGCCAUGCGGCAUCGAGGGCAAAGGCGUCACCUCGCUCACAGAACAGCUUGGGCGGCACACCAGUAUAGCCGAGGCAACAGAAGCGUUGCUGGGCAGCUUUGCGAAGAUCUUUGAGUGCUGCGUGCGUUCAGAAACACAGGCACGAGUCACAAAUUAAUAAGAACGAUACAUGUAUACUUAUG